AUGACCGAGUUUUGUUGCCUACUGUAUCAUUCAAACUGCAAAGAGUGUCUUCUAUACCAAAUGGACUGCACCCCUCGUCUACUUCCCCACUUUCCCUCUCCAUUCUGCAGCAGCUACAGCGCCUACUUGCACCAUGUCGCUUCUCUGGACGUCGGUCUCCGUCCUGCUGUGCGUCGAGCUAGUGAUCCUAGUGGCGCUGUGCGCGCCGCUGCCCUGGGGCGUGCGGAAGAACAUCUCGCGCACGAUCCACCGUCUCAAGCUGCACCACGGGCUGGACGCCGGGAUAAAGUACAUCAUCUUUGCGCUGUUCCUAGCGCUUGCGGAGAGCCUGAAUGCGCUGAACUAUGUCCACCGCAAGAUGGCAGAGACGGGCGACGACGAGUUGCUUUUGACGCGCAUCAACAACACCAAGUGGCUCAAGGCGCGCGCGGAACGCAACAUGUAUUUGGCGGCCUUUGCCAUCACAGGCGUCAUGACGAUUUGGAGGCUGGUGCGUCUGGCCGCUAA